UCGUCGGUUUCCACUCAAGUCACGCGUCGUCUCUGAACUGAGCGAUGGUUGUAAUAAUAAUAAUAAUAAUAAUUUUAUAUUUAUUUGUGAACUCUAAGUGAAUAUAUUUUUUUCGGCAUUCCGUCGUCCGCGUCCGGUAUGACCGGUAUUAUCUAGUCGUAUUAUGAUAUUAUAGUUGUGUAACACUACAAACAUUUCUUUUUACCCGUACGAUAAUUAUCGCGAUUCGGCUUACCACGCACGCGCGUUUGCGUCUCACGCGCAUACACUCGUCCGGUGGGGCGUAGAAACUCGAAAUCGCACUGACCCGGCGACCGCACCGCCUCUCGCAGCACCUCUGCCACCGCGUCCGUCCGAUUGUUGUCGUCGGCCGCACGCGCGAAUUCCACUCAGUAUCGCGCGGAAUUCCCGUUCACCGCCGCUGGUCGAUGCUAUUCCCGGAUUCCCGUGACGCACCAGCAGCAAGCAGAACAGGUAUACACAGGUAUAGCUGCGCGGGACGUCCGCCAACACCACGCGGGUGAUGAUGUCUUCGUUGUUGUCGUCUACGACGGCGGUGCCGGCCACUUCGACGGCCUCGGCCGCCGCAGCCGCGACCGGGACGGGCUCCACGGCAACGGUGAUCGCGCUGACGGCGGCUUGCGCGGCGCUGUCGCUCAUUCUGGCGGCCAUGUGCCUGUUGGACCUGCCGUACUUCUUCCGGUCGCUGUUCAGCUACGUGUCGGCCACGUGCUUCAAGAAGAAGCUCCGGGCCACCGACACGGCCGUCUACUCGUCCGUGUGCCUGACCUCCGACCUGGACGUGUACCUGACCCACAUGAACAACGCCCGGUACCUGCGCGAGAUCGACCUGGCCCGCAUCGAGUUCCUGUUGCGCACCGGCAUAUGGCGCGAGCUCCGGCGCCGCGGCGGCCUCAUAUUCACCAUCGCCAACAGCGUCCGGUACCGCAGGUUCGUGCGCACGUUCAGCCGGUACGAGAUCCGCACCAGGAUCGUGUACUGGGACGACGUGUCCAUAUUCUUCGAGUUCCGGUUCGUGUCCAAGGCCGACGGCUUCGUCCGGGCCAUCGUGUACAACCGGCAACAGGUGGUCGACUGCAGCGCGGACGAGCUGAUGCGCACCGUCGUCGGCGGCGGCGGCGGCGGCGGUGGCGGCGGCGAUGCUACCGCGGACGCCAAGACGGCGGCCGAGGGCGCGUUCCGGCGGCCCGAGUGUCCCAUCGAGAUACACCACUGGAUACAGUCCAACCUCAUGUCCAGUGCCAGUCUCAAGGCCGAGAUUGGCGACGGCGACCCGCUGUAACGCGUUUGCGUUCGCGGGUGCGGUCUAGUCCCGCCGGUCGGUCACGAUACGCCGCCGCGGGGUAGAGCAAUAAUACACGUUCGGGCGCAUAUGUAUCGCCAUACUCUGCAGACUCGAGUUUGUCAUCCGGAAGACACCGCGAGCACGUCGCGGCCCAACAGUCUCCCGAAGACGUGUCCGUUAUCCAUUUAUUACCUCUUUUCGGUGUCAGAGUAUACGCCCAAGAGUGCACUACCCGUUACUACGUUAUCGGUAUACUUUCGAGUCCAGACGAUAGGUGAUAUUAUUUAUUUUUUUAUAAAAAACUUUUUUUUAUUUGAUACUAUUUUUCACGUCCAAAUGUAUUGUGUUAUAAUUAGAUACUUCCGAUAUUCGAUACGAUUAUUUUUCCGUCAUUUUUGUUCAAACUCGAAUUCUCCUCCGCCGCAGGCGUCUCUUUUUCGAAACAGUUUUUACACCCAAACGCGUCUAUUUUUUUUUUUACACCGUAACGUGUUUUCAGAAAACAAUCCGUCCAAACGUGUUACGCACAUACGGGGUGAUAAACUGCUGCUGCACCUGCAUCCUGUGAUGUACACCUCGACGGAUCUCUUGCAUGCAGCGCUAUUGUAUAUUGAUUAUUAUCGCUUUGAAUGCGGAACCGAUUGGUUUUUUUUUUUUUUUUAAUAUUUUUAAGUUGUUAUCAACUGCUUAGAGGUACGCACGUAAAUUAUAAAAGAUAAAACGCUAUUACGAAAAGAUCACAUGACCGUUCGUAUACCAAUCGGGACCGCAUUAUAAUGUCAUAUACCUAUGAUGAUUAAUAUAAUAUUACAUGUUAUUAUACUCGUCUGUUUUUUGUA